GGUGGUUUCAUAUUUUCCACGUGGCUCGCGAAUUCCCGUCGCGUUUGAUACAGCAGAGCUCGAGCAGCUCGUGAGUCCUGUUCAAUCCUUCUCCUCUCCUCCGCAUGUCCGAGCUCGUCGUCGCCGUCAGUCUCUAACAUCCGCUCCUGACGACGCCCACUUCACCGUCAAGACACACCUCCUCUCACGACCCGCACGAACCCAUACCUGGAUCUCCUUGCGCUCAACUACCUUCAUUGGCCACCACCUUUUAUUCGUGCACGCCCCAACAAUGUCCGCAUCCUUUCAGUCUACAUCCAGCAUGAAGUCCGCCAGCAUGCAAGGCACCCCGAUGCGCGAGCGAAACCCGACGUCGCGCCCCGACCAUGCCACCGGCUCACCCAAUGCCCCUCGCGUGGCCCACCAUUCAUCCAGCUCAAGCUCGGCACCCAAUGGUCCUUCUAUGACCCCAACAACUGUGCAGACCCUCUUGGCGGCUCACUCCUCCUCUGCGAAUCCUGCCAUGGCAGCACUCGACUCUGCUGUCUCAGAUCGUAAUCUCCUGACCGGCCAGAACGCUCAGCUUUGGAAACUCAUCGAGAAGCAACGCACCGGAUACAACCAAAUAUUGAAGGAGCUAGAGCGCGUGCGUGGCGAGCGGGAUCUCUAUCGAAGCCGGCUGCAGCACCUGGGGGAGAACACCGACGCGAUGCUGAGGGCGCACAGGGAGAAAGAAAGGCGCGAAGGCAGGGAGGGCAGUCUGCGGUCCGCCGCUUCUCAUACCCACAUGCGCAACAGCGAGAGCGGUAGUGGAAGUGCUGGUGGACAUUCAGACCCGAGAGCUCAGAUGCAUAGAGCCCAUUCCGGCGAUAUAGCUCCUCAGCGACAAUCGAACACAGUCAAUGGUGCCGAUCCUCAUGCUCGUCCGCUCACGCGCGAGCGCCAGAACUCGCAGAACAGUCUGAACAUGUCGACAGUCCCUUCGCAGAUGCCAGCCAAUUACCUGUCAGCAUCUCAGGCAUCAUCCUCGACCAACGUCGCGACGUCGCCUUCGGAAACACCAUCUGUCGCGUUGCCCUCUGCACAGCUGUCCAUGUCAACUGGCUCGGAUCCCCGGCGGCCUCAGCCCCUGCCACUAAACGCACGUCCCAGCCCACUUUAUGACAGCGAGCCUUCGUCUGUGGCGAGAUCGUCAGGCUACCACAGCGAUAACUUAAAGACUGCGACCACCACUGCGGGGGGUGGCUGGAACAUUCCUCCUUCUGCAUACCCUGCGUCAUCCCGUCCUGCUCAUACACCCAUGACAGCCGCUCCAGCGAACGACGACUCUUACUCUUACGAUGGCGAUGCCUCUUCGGCACAUCCUAGUAAUCCUAGCAAACCCACCUCACCACGAUCGCCGGCCGGUCCUCGAGAUGAGCGGCCACAAGUCAUCGUGCAAUCUGCGUCUAGUUCCCAACAUGACGGUACCACCGAUCCACAGCCUCCUUCCCGACAGCCCCGUGGUUCUCAUGUUUCUUUGCCAGGGGAAACGAAACGUUACUACGCUACGAUGAACGAGUCGCCCGGUCCUAGCCCCCACUCGUCUCGUGGCUCCCCUAAUAUCCGUCCUGGUUCUGCUUCUCCCGACAAAAGUCACGUCGCUAUGAACGAGAAGAGAGCUGAAUCCCCAAUCAAGCAGAACCAAGUUGCCAAGUCUGGGAAAGAGGCAGAGGAGACGAGCGAGCUGUCGGACUCGCGGUCAGGCAGCCGGGCAACGGACAACGGCGAGUUCCUAGAUCUGGAAGCGGACGACAUUGAUAGUCAUUAUGAGGAGAGCGUGGAUGGGGGUGGGCGAGUGUCUGUCGUGGACAGUCUCGCGUCAGAGUACGAUGAAAACGAAGAAGACUCGGUCUCCAACCCUGCAAGAAAGAAGCGUGCGACCGCAGACGACUUCCCUCUCCCACCAGGCACGCCGCCGGUCAAUCUUUCCGCAGACAUGCUCGUUCUACAGCCGAGUCAAGCACAAACAUCACCAAUAGCGCGCUCCCUACCAGAGACGAUGUCGGAACUUCCUGAUGGAAGUCGCACGCACCUUCGUCUCAACGGAUUGUCCGACGCUUAUCCCGCUCCCGCACAGUCUGCGCUUGCCGCUCAGUCAUCAAUGUCUCAAUUACCUCCCCCAAGCCCCUUCAGCGCAGGACCACCCCCGCAGCCUGCGUUCCGUGCACUUCCGCUGCUGCCCGCGGACCUCCCUCGGACGACAAUUGCGGUGUCACACUCGACGAUACGGCCGAACGAUCGUGGCAAGGACGUGCUUUCCUUCGUUAUCGCCGUAGACCCUGGCAAUGGGAAGCAACCGUGGAGGAUCGAGAAGUUGUACAGCGAUGUGCUCACGCUCGAUUCCCGUGUUCGAGCUGCUGCUGGGAAAAGCCUGGGAAAGAAGCUGGUCGGCUUGCCCGAGGGCCGCUUGUGGAAAGAUCACGCUCCCGCAAAGGUCGAUCAGCGCAAAGCUGCACUGGAGCAGUACUUGCGGUCGGUGAUAGCGCUUCCCAUGAAGAACAAGAAUGAGAUCAUCGCAUUCUUGACCUCUGGAAUCGCGAGUGAAGCCCAGAGGCCCGUCGCACGUGCUGGGUACAAGGAGGGCUACCUGACGAAAAGAGGCAAGAACUUUGGUGGCUGGAAAACGCGGUAUUUCGUGCUUCAGGGGCCUUCGCUUGAAUACUACGAUGGCCGCGGCGGGGCGCACCUGGGCUCAAUCGUGAUCACCGGUGCACAAAUAGGACGUCAGCAACGGACGGCCGAUAGGAAGGACGCGGAUGAAGACAACGAAUACCGACAUGCGUUCUUGAUCAUCGAGGCCAAACGUGGUCCUGGCGGCCCUCAUCCUAGGCACGUUCUCUGCGCAGAAAGCGACGAAGAGCGCGACAGCUGGGUCGAAAUCCUCGUGCGCUACGUAACAGGGCGGUAUGAAGACGAUCUACCAGGCGCGGCCGACUCGCGUGUAAGCAUCAGCUCGGAGGCACCUUCCGACUCACAGGGAACGCCUACGCGGCGUGCGCGGAAUAUGGAGAUUGCCAAGGGCGCAGCGGUACCGAUCUCGCAGCUUGCGCCUGACGCAAACAACGCGAAACUCUUCCAGUCUGCACCCGUUCCGGACGAUAGCGCCACCAAAACAACAACUCAGACUGUCACUGUCCCCGAACAGCUCUCGAGUUCACUCCCGAUAUCGUCUCCCCUUGUCGGUGGGGAGGACCCGGACAUGCUUCCCGCAGGGGGACAACGUGCGAACUCAGAGAUGGGCCACUAUUCGGACAUGUCGGACCAGCGCACAGUGUCCAAGGCGAGGCUUCCUUUGGCAAUGGCACCACCGGAGCAGCGGCGUAAGGAGCGGCGGCGGUCGAUGAACCCGCUGAAGACGUCAGCCGCCUCUGAGCGGGCGCCAUCGCCCGAGCGGGAGCCUGCCGUGCAGACCCCACGCGUAGAUGCAAAUGGCAAGGUCAAGAUCUCUGGGCCGAUGAAUGGCACUCCCAUACCAGCAGGCUACAAGUUUGGAGGGAAGGAUGCGCCGUCGCCGGACGCCUCGUCACCCAACGACCGUAGGGAGAAAGCCAAGUCUAGGUCCUUCUGGGGCUUCGGCCGGAUGCAACAUGACAAACCAAACAUGCCUGUACAUGUCCCAAGGGCAGUGUUUGGCGUAAGCCUCGAGGAGUCGCUGGACGUGGCAGAGAUUGCAAGCUUGCCCGCGAUCGUCUUCCGCUGCAUCCAGUAUCUGGAGGCAAAGAAAGCCGACCAGGAGGAAGGAAUCUACCGUCUCAGCGGAAGCUCAGCUGUCAUCAAGGCCCUGAAGGACCGCUUCAACAAUGAGGGUGACGUUGAUCUCUUGGGCUCAGACGAAUUCUGGGACCCGCAUGCUAUUGCGGGGCUACUCAAGACUUUCCUUCGGGAACUUCCUGCAAGCAUCCUCACGCGCGACCUGCACCUGCGAUUCUUGUCUGUCAUCGAUUUUGUCGAUCCCCAGGAGCGUAUCACAGAGCUGUCACAACUUAUCGCAGCGCUGCCGAUCGCGAACUAUAGCCUCCUGCGUGCCCUCACGGCGCACCUCAUCCUCAUCGUGCAGAACGCGCACGUAAACAAGAUGACGAUACGCAACGUGGGUAUAGUAUUCAGCCCGACGCUGGGUAUUCCCGCGGGCGUAUUCAGCCUCAUGCUCGGCGAGUUCAAACGCGUUUUUAAUGUCGACGGCGAACUCGACGAGGAUGCGCCCGUGGCACAAAAUGAAGACCCAGGGCGUGUCGACUUCGGCAGACGUAACAGCAAGCGCUACUCAGACGCCGCGGCAGACCAAAUGCUUGGUUUGUCAGGGCGGACACUCACCGCGGAGGACGCGCAAUCGGACGACGGUGAAGGCGAAGAAUAUUCUGUCCACGACGACAGCAGUACGGAGGGCACCGGCGACCCCGAAAACGAGUCUCUCGCAGAAUCUUCGGUGACACACGACUCGGGAACGUCUGCUCCGCCUCAACAAGACAGUUACCUGCACCCUGGAGAUCGCGGCAGCGCAGCGCCGUCCACGCCGCGCAACAAGGCGGCGGCAGUCGCGGCAAACCGAGGCCUGAACAUUGCGACGAACGACAAGGCGAGCCGAAGACAGAGCCAAGCGACGGGUCUCCCCAUCUCACCGCGUCCGUCGCCCCAUAGCAGUUUGCACACGCCGCCGCGGCUGCCGGCGUCGCCUGGCGUCGUCCCGUCGUCGCCGCAUACACCGAGAUAGACCCUAUCGGCAUUUGUCAUGGUCGUGUGCUCGGCAUUUCUUUUGAAUCAUCAUGGCUGCUCUCGGCGAGCAGCGCUCGCCAUGAGCUGCGGCUUCUAGUUUCACUGUGGCUCCACACUUGCGACGAUGUCUCCCUUCCGGCAUUAUUCACGAUAUACCGAUCGGCGUACUGGCAUAGUACUGGUGUACUUGUCCUGACUCGCUCAUAGAUACCCGUAUCAAUGUACAUGCUAUCUUAUCAUUCUCACGACCUUUCAUGGACCAUUACUUAUCGGUAUCUGCUUCGCAUACGCACUGUAAUAUCCCGACGAGUCAUGGCCUCAUCGACAGAACGGAGGACAGUCCGGAUAGGCAAAAAGCAGGCCUUGCCUAGAACUAGUGUUUGCUUGUGGGUCCACAUAUAUAUUCG